ACAAAGCAGAACUCAAAAACACACAGUAGUGUUAGUUCCAUUGCCCCUUCAGGGGCAUACGACUCCAAUGCUUCAGCUGGGGAGUAUUCUUUACUCUAAGGGGUUCUCCAUCGUAGUUCCACACUCUGAACUCAGACCUCCCAAUCCUCUGAACCAUCCUGAAUUCAUCUUUCACCUCUUGUCGGACGGUUUAUCUGGUUAUCAGGCCUCUAUCGACAAUUUAAAGCAUCUCGUAUUAGCUAUGAACAGCAACUGCAGAGCACCUAUGCAGGACUACAUGGUUCAACUCAUGGAAGAUCAGAAGCUGCAGGGCUACCCGGUUUCUUGUAUAAUAUAUGAUUCCUACUUGUGCUUUGUUGAUUCGGUUGCUACUCAUCUAAAGAUUCCAAGCAUUGUUUUAAGGCCUAAUAUGGCUGCUUCCAUGCUAUCUCGUCGCUACAUCUGUCAACUUCAAGCAGAAAAUCGUAUUCCCUUUCCAGAGUCCAGGCUGCUGGACCCUGUACCAGAGCUCCAUCCUUUGAGGUUUAAGGAUUUACCGUAUCCAAUUACUAAUGAAAUACCCGAAUGGAUUAUGAAUUUCUUCGCUUCUUCAGUCAAUAUACGCUCUUCUGUGGCCAUCAUUUUGAAUACAACAGAUUGUCUUGAGCAUUUAACCUUAUCACGGCUUCAGCAACGUUACAAAGUCCCAUGCUUCCUGCAGAGGCCCCAUCCUGGGCCUGGACACGUGACAGCCCAGGGGCGGUCCGAGCUGGGCUGGCGCCUCGGGCCCAGGGGGAACCAGUCCAGGGCGGCCGGCCUCUUCUGCAUUGGCGGCGGCGUGAGCCCGGGUCAAGAGCUCUCCCAGGUUCUUGGGAGGUUGUUCGACAAGCUUGUAAUAGAGAUCCUCUACCCUCAACCCAUUCAUGAAAGCGGCCAUGACCACCUUCUCAUCUUUGUCCCUGAUCUGCAGGCUUUCCGUAUUGAAGCGCGUCAUGAAAUUCUUCAGGGACUCAUCCGGCUUCUGCUUGACGGCCAUCAAUUGGAAGAUCACUUUCCUGAGGGCGUCAAAGCAUUACUAGGAGAAAGUGGCCUAAUAGUCAAAUGGGCACCUCAGAAAAAAGUUUUGGCACAUAGCGCUGUGGGGGGAUUUUGGAGCCACUGUGGCUCGAAUUCAACAAUAGAAAGCAUCUGCGAAGGCGUUCCAAUGAUUUGCAGACCACAUUUUGCAGACCAAUCAUCAAAUGCAAGAUACUUGACUUAUGAAUGGAAGGUAGGCCUGGAAAUUGAGAAUGUGCUGGAUAGAGGGAGCAUUGAGAAAUCUAUAAGACGACUAAUGGUUGAUGCAGAAGGCAAAGAAUGUCAGUGAUGAAAGAUAAACUAGAAGCUGGUUUGCAGAAAGGUGGUUCUUCUUAUGAGUCCUUGAAUGACUUGACAGAGUUUAUCUCCCAACUUCCAAGCAUGGUUCAAGAAGUUAAAGUUGAUGAUCCAGCAACUUCAGUCAGUUAAAAUUUAAUCCAGUUUGAAGGGCUAAAAAAUUUGGUUUAGUUCUUGGGUGCC